AUGGAAGCUGUCAGAGUUAGAAAGCCGAAGUUGAAGACUGAUGAAAUUAUUUCUCGGUUAGAAUCAGUUAUUGUACCUGACGAUCCUCUUCCAGUUGAAGAUGAGGUCUUUACCAGUUCUCAGCCAUCAGUUUCUGAACCCAAUAUUUUAUCAAGAAAUGAGGAUAACGCAGUUCAGUCAAUUUUCUCUUCCGGCGAGUUUCUGGCUCCUAAGGGCUCAAACUGUUUAUACCCUUCCCUGGCCGAACAUUUUGCGACCGACGUAGAAGAAAAUCAAUCAGCUGAUCAUGAAGCUGAAUCGUUUGUUGAAGAUACUCAACAAAACAAAGUCGAAGCAUCUGCACCAGAUCUGCCCAUGAGUUCAUCUGUCGAAGGAGAUUUGGUAUUUGAUAGUUUCCCCCCUCCACUUAGCUCGGAACAUUUGAAAAACUUGUAUAUAAAUCGUUCACUUGAUCUGUUAAAUGAAACAGAAAAUAAUUUUCUCAAAGACUCCGAUUUUGAACUCCUGACAGCCCCGGACUCAAGUGGAUUCAAUAUUCCCGAUGAUCCAUUUUACCUACUUCUUUGUAAAUAUGCCGAUAAUUGGGGAAAAUGGUUACAGGCACUUAAACGUCUAAGCAAGGUGCUUAAAGAAUCGUCUGGAAUGGAAGCGUCAGCCUGGAAAGUGAUGAAACACACCCACAGUGUAGACAGUAAAUGUCAAGACAAGAGAACAGUUUGUCUGAAAUACGAGUAUGAAAAAGCCACAUUGAUUCAGUCUGUACUCAGUGAAUUAAAAGAGACAAGUGAAGUGUCGCAUUGGAUUAUUUUCGAGGAAAUUCCCCUUGUUGCGUAUAAACUAGUUCAAUGCAGAAAUCGUAUUGAAGAAUAUUUAGCAAACAUUUUAACACAGUGUUCAAUUUAUGAAAAUUUGACUUCAUCACAACCGGGAAUAUUGAUCGGUUCAAAAGUUGACUCUGCACAUCUAGUUCAACUAAAUGAAAUGCGAUCAACAUGCUCUAUUCUCUUUGCUUGUUUGCGUCAAUUUUGGUCAAAUCAAUAUGCUGGUCGUACUCAUGAUCCGACAUUUCUCAAACAUUUAUCAAAUUGGUUAAUUUUAACUGCUGGUGUAACUGUUCGUGCUUGUAGAUCGGAAGAUCACAUAUAUAUUUUAAUGCAAUUAUUACGUUUACCAUCACAGUUAAUCAAGUUAUUCGCAUGUUUACUACAACCUCCAGAUCCAAUUAUUGCUUGGGAAAGAACAAAAAAUCUUGUAGAAUUUUUAAAUCAACCAGAAGUUGAACUUAUACUGACAUUAUUUGCAAUUUGUUUACGUCCUGUCCGAGAACGCGCACGUUUUGUUACGCCUGUAAACAUCGGAUCAUGUAAGCAACAGACAGAUUCAUCAUUCAGUCAAAAUGAUACAAUUUGGACAACGGUUGAUUCAGCUGGUGAAAGCGAUAUAGAAGAAGAACCCAAGGGCAUUGAAGUUAACAAGAAGAAUAAAAGUCCCAUCAGUACACAAUAUGAUAUUUGUAUUCUUUUGUCUGAUUAUAAUCCUAAUCUAGAAUCAUGUACAUAUUUAAAUCCGAAGGAUUUAAGCUGUUUGCUUGGUCAAUUAAGAAUUGAACGUGUUUUACAACUCUUAGCUUACGAUUACAUACCAAAAUGUGAAAAUAUUCAGCAUUUUUCAGUUAAUGAAUCUGGAUUCAUGACUUCAAUUGCAUUUGCUGACCGUGUGCUUAGCCUAGUUGAAGCAUGUGAAAAAAUCUAUUCAGACUACGUUCUACCACCAGGUCCACAAACGCAUUUAGGUUCAUGGCGCUCGUUGGCUAAACGACUAGCACGUGUUAUCAGGUUAUUACUUAUAUCAAUUGGAUUUCGUAUACAAACUAUUGUAUAUCAACAACAAUAUCACCAUGUACAAAAUUCCCAACAAUUUGCAUUAAUCUUAUCACAAUAUGAUUCAUUGUGUAUUCGUGCAGUGAAUUGUCUUCUAUUGUCUGGUAGUGGUCUGCCUGACGCUUAUCAAAAAGCUGGUCAACUUACAUGUUGGCGUAAUUUAGCGUGCACACUACCAUUGGGCUUGACCAUGGUUAAAACCAAAAAGGAAUUAUUUUAUAUUCUUUUAAAGUCAAUUUUACAAAAUAAUGACAAAAGUAAUACUCAUAAUAAAAUUAAUGAAGAUUCGGUUUAUACUUUGAUGAAAGAAUAUAUCAUGGAUAAUACUGACGAUUUGGAAAAUGUUUUACCUAAUUUGAUAUUGAAUAAAUUACAUCGUGUUUUAUUAUUAAUGGGAUUUAACGAGCUUGGUCUUUCAGUAGUGAUUAGUGUAUUGGGUAAAUUAGCCUCUUUGGAAUGUCGUCCAAGAAUGAUAUAUAAUAAUAAUAUGCCUACAACGGAACCAGUGAAUACAUCGUAUAGAUAUGAAUUACCUAAAGAUGAAGUUUCACUAAUCAAGUGUAUUAUGCGUAUUAUAUUUGGGUUAUCUGUCUAUCAUAGACCGAAUGAUUUGAUUAAUCGAAAAGACAAGAUUAACAUUAAACAUUCUGCAUCAUCUUCUGAUACUUCGGAUUCUUCCAUUACUGUUCUCUCAUUACUGCCUAUAUCACCAAAAUAUGGAUGUAAGCAAUUAAUCGAAAUGUCGAAUAAACAUCCACAAAUAUGCUUACAUUUACUUUAUAGUCUUAUUAUUGAAAGUGCAUUAGAUUUAACAACGAAUCCAUUAUUAACAUCAAAACUACAUGAUAGAAUAAGUCAAUUGAAUUUAUGCUUUAGUGAUCAGUACGUGCGAGUGGAAGAUAUUUUACUUCAAUUAGUCAUUGAAGCACCAUUUCAUAUUAUGCAACCAAAUAACAAAGAAGUAGAAUUUUUAAUCAAUUCACUUAGUCAUUAUGAAGCGAAUUGUUUUCUACACAAAUUAUGUCGUUUGUUUUUAUCACGUUUCAGCUGGGAUGCAUUCAAGGAUCUUCAGUCACAAGAACCAUUUAUUCCACUCAAAUUGCAUUUGGAUAUGGCUUUGGGAUUAUGUGAAAUUGUAGAUAAACACAUGUCUGAUCUAUCACAUUUUCAUUUAUCUAAAUUAAUUAACCGGAAAUUGGUGUCGAAUGUGUAUAAAUCUGCGAAAUCUUCUGUGAAUGUAUUAACCGCCACCUUGACUGAUCAAUUUCUUUCGUCUUUGCACAUUAGUCAACAACGAUUGCGAAUUAAAUCAAGCGGUUUGAAUAGACUAACACAUGUUGCAUCAGAGUUAUCACGCCGUACUCAUAGUGUAGAAAAUAUCCCCGUUUCAUCAUCAUUCUCAUCAAAUCCUGAUCAGAGUUUAUCCACUAUAAAAGAUAUAAUCGAUUGGGCUGCAGAAUUAUUACUACGCUUAAUUAUUCCCGGUUCAAAAUAUGAUCAGAACUACUUAAUCGGUACAGAUUCGUCCAAACUUAAAGAAUACAUUGAUCAAAUCUGGUUCAAAUUAGAUGCCUUGAUUCAAAAAAAUAAAUAUGAUCAGAAAAAAUCAUUAAGAACAUCAUUAUUGAAUCCAAUCAUUUCGUUUGUAAUGUUAUCAUUACAAACUAUAUAUUCAACAAUUAACAAGAAUGAUAAUUGCGUGAUGCUCACUUCGUCAACUACAAAAGAUUGUAAUUUUUGGCAACCACAAUCACCAAUGUUGAAUAAAUUGUUAAGAUCAAUAUUCUCUUAUAAACAUUUCAAGUUGACAUUACGUACAUUUUUUAUUAUUUGUAAAUGUAUUCCAUCAUUAUACUCUAAUGAAAAUAACCAACCAAUAUUUACAAAUUUAUCAUGGCCAGAAUUAAAAGAAUUAUUUCAUGAUUUAUUUGAUUGUUCAUCGGCAACAGCAUCAUUAUUGUUAUCAUCGGAAAGCGACGAGCAACGACGACAACAACAAUUACAACAGUUUCUACAUAGACUUUAUCAAUUUCCACAAAAUUCAAUUUCGUCAUUUUCAUUAACAUCAUCAUCUUCAAAAACUAUGCCAAUCGAUUUAACAUUAUUUUUCCCUUAUCUCUUAAUUGGAAUGUUUAUAGAAUUGACUAAUUCUAUUCCUUAUUCAUAUUCAUUAAAUAAUAUCAUUAUUAUUAUUAUGAAUAUGUUAUUAGAUUCAAUAGAUUGUUUUAAUCAGUUAUCAGUUAUUCUCUUACUUGAUUUAUUGAUUCAAUUGGAAUAUUGGGAUAGAUUGAAAUGUUUCUUACCGAAUGAACAAUCGAAUCCUUCUGGUGUAGAUAAUUACAAAUUAAAAUCGAAAAUGAUUAAUACAUCAGUUUAUGAGAAUUUCCAGUUUAAAUUUAAAGAAAUUCAAGAACUUCAUACACAAAAUAAAUCUACUGAAUCAUUGCACAACAUAGUUGCUACAUCUUUAGAAACAGCCUAUUCAUGGGCAUGGUCUCAAACGUCAUUUAUUAUAACUUCAGUAAAAUCAAAUUUAGUCAGUUCAUCAUCAUCAUCCUAUCGAAAAGAUAAUACAGUCAAUGUUAAUUGUUAUUCAGAACAGAAUAAAUUUAAAAAUAUUGUACAAUAUGAAUGUAUAUUUAAUAAAAUAAAUUUUCAGAUAAUUCAAACAUAUUUAAAGCAUUCAACUAAUAAUUGUCAAUUAACUCCACCUUAUUGGUUACUUGCAUGGUUACAAUCUAUAGUUCAUAAUGAUGAGACAAUGAAAUCUGAUACUAUUGAAAAUGAAGCAAACUAUCAAUAUUUAAAUUAUUGGAAAUAUAUAACUCCAUUUAUUUCUCUUUAUCAAGAUGAAUUAAUCUCUGCUGGUAAUCAACUAUUAACUAAUAAUUUUCAAUCAACUAGAAAAGAAAUUACUACUAGUUGUCUAUCAACUCCAGUUAAACAGAUUUUACAAAAAAUUCUUUUUGAAAGUGGUCUUGUCCAAUUAAUCUCAUCCAAUCUGGAGUUUCAUAAAACUAAUAAUGAUAACAAUCCACAUAAAGAUGAUUUAUUCUCUGAUCAAAUUUCUGCAUUAACUGAUACAACUAUUGCAUGGAUAUUCAGUCAAUUCAGCCUUAUACAAGGUGUAUAUUUAAUACAUUUAUGUCCCGUGGAUCAUCCAAUAUGUCCACUAUUAAUUCAUAAUGUACUCUGCCAAUUAUUCAAUCUUAUUAGUCCGUCAUCUGUUGUUGAUGCUGACCAACAUUUAACGACUAGACAUGACCAAACUAAUUCUAUUGGUUAUAAUUUGGGUAGUAUUAAGUCAAGGUGUAGUAAUAAUUCAUUUACACCUGGUUUCUUGCUGUUACGCUGUUUACCAGCCUCAUUAUUCAUACACACUGGACAUUCAUCAUAUCUACCAUUAUCGUCAUCUUCACCAUCUUCAUUAUCAUCAUCGCCCUCAUCAUCACUAAACAAACAAGAUUAUCAACAAUCAUUAUUUCAAUUGAUUAUACAAAAAAUUAGAUUGAUUUCAUCAGUAAAUAGUCACUGUCAUUCAAAUAAACCUUCAUUUACACAUGAUUUCAACUGUCUUAUUGAUUUUUUAUGCCAGUCCGAUGUAUUAUUAUCACGUAGUCCAUUUCUAAAUGUAAAUGAUAUUAAAUCCAAUUCGAAGCUCUCACAUUUAUUGGAUCCAGGCUAUCAACGGUCUGUGAUUGAUAUACUAUUGUGUUAUUUCGAUUGGACGUCAUUAACUUCAUUUAUGCAAACAAGUCAGUCAUUAUGGAAUACAUAUCAGUAUAUGCAUGAAUCGAAUAUGAAAGUUUCUAGUGAGAAUGAUAAUGUAAACGUGUUAUCAACAGUAUCACCGGAAUCAAGUGUUUUACGCUUACAAAACAGUGAAUCUCAUGAACGUCGUAUUGAAUUAUCAUGUUCAUCAUCAUUCGAAGUUUUAUUUUCAUCAUCGUCUUUAAUGACCCUACCGUCAUCAAUUGAUCAAUUCCCAAAAUAUAUGAAAGAUACAGUAGAUUCACUACGUCAACAUGCUAAACAAAUGUGUAAUCGUAUUGAAUGUAUUGAAAAGUUACAAAAUGAAUUUUGUACAAAUAUUCUCCCAAAAUUAUAUAUUCCAGUACGUGUCAAUUUACUUCAGUAUGUUGAAUGCCAAUCAAUCCUACCUUCUUGGAUGCCUGGUCAUCAGUCGUGCUCCGGUGGUACUAAUAUUUCAUGUGAAUAUCAAACAGAUGAACGAAAUAAAGAGAUUGAUGAGUUAUAUCAAAUGAACAGAUCUGAUAUUGAUAGAUUAAUUAAUUUGGCACUAGAUGUAUCACGAACUGCAGCCUGUGAUGUUGUAAAUUACAAUGAUUCUUCGUCACUAUCAACGUCCAUCUCACCAGAAGGUGGUAAACAUUCAAAUCUUGGAGUAAAUUGGGCACGUACUGUACUUCAAUUGGAGAAUGCAGUCAGUUACUUGGUACAUAAAUCACGUUUAAUUACCUCUGAAUCAAAAAAUCUCAAUACAAACGCUACACGUGUUUCAUCGGAAUCCUCUUCAUCAUCUUCAUUAUAUCCUUCUUGCGGUCCUACGACUACCACUGCUACUUCUAUCAAUGAUCAGUUAAAUGUAGUACAGAAUAUUGGUUUGCAGUGUUUUCAGCAACUUUGUCAAAAUCUUUCUGGUCCUUUACUUCAGUGUCCAUUAACUAAGCAAGUACUUUCGAAGUGUGUUGGCGAACUUGCAAGUGAGUUUUUAACAAAUUUAUCAACUCAGCAUCAAUUAUUGUUGGAUAUGUUAGUUGCAUUGCCACAUUUAUCAAAUUUAUUAUCAUCAACAUUUAUACCACCGAAUCCAUCGUCAUUAUCAUCAUUAUAUAUAAAUAAUCAAAGUCAACAGCAUCCAUUACUACCUAUUUAUCAACGUUUAAUGGAUAUAAGAUUUCGAUGUAAUGCACAAACUGCUUUAUGUAUUCUGGAAAAAAUUAAUUUCAAAGCAUGGUUUUCAAUUGAAAUUAAACAUUUUAGUCAAAAACAAUGGAAUCAGUUAAUACUUGCUUUAUUCACUUGUAUUGAAGAGACAACCAAUGUUUAUCCAUCAGACAUAAAUUCCACUCGUUCAGAAGAAAAUGAUGACUUGCAUAAGCUUUGUAUUGUACAUUUGAAAGCAUUGUUAACAAACCACUUUCCGGAUAUGUUUGAUCUAGCAUUCAGAUUAUUGUUACAAAACCUUAGUAACCCUAAAUAUCUCGACAUAUGGAUAUUGUUUCAAGAUUUACUGAUCGCUGAUAUAAGCACUAAUUCUGGCUCUACAAGUCUGUCCAUUGAACAAUUGACUCAAUUACUCAAUCAUGUACACAGGCGAUUGACCUCGACUGUUAAUUCUUCACCAGUGACAUCUUUAUCACCAUUACGUGAUACACAAAACGUUUUAAUCGAUGAAUGUUGUUCAAUGUUACAAAAUAACUCGUCUCAAACUAUACAAAUGAUUAUUCAUUUUCUAAUGAUACUAGCUUGUCAAUUGUGUGAAAAAAUCGGAUGUUGCAUAUUACAUAAUCAUUUAUCUAUACAAAAUGGUCAAUCAAUCAUUAUAGACAUGUUAAUACAAGUUUUUGGUUGUAUUCUACAAAAAUGUAUAACAUUGUAUUAUAAUGGCAAAGUGAAUAAUCCCACUGAAUCAAGUACAACUUCAUCGUCAUCUACAACAAUACAAACGUCAUAUCAAUUAUCAUCAUCAUCAUCUUUUAUUGUGUAUGCAAAAUGUUGUUUGAAAGGAUUCUCUGAAUGUCUUAAUUCUGCUAUUAAAGUUUGCCCAACUGAUGAUAAUCCAAUUUGGUCAAAUCAAUUAAUCAAUUUAUUUGUAAUAUGGUUCACUUCAACAACAUGCAUAUUAAAUAAUUUCGGCGAUAAUUUAAAGAUGGUACCAGUUACUUCCACAUCGUCUACUACCACCAAUUUAUGUAAACAAGAUAUACGUAAAAUUUCAUUACCUCUUCUACUUUAUUUGUCCAUCAAUCAGAAAGAACAGGAUGAUGACAGUGGUGAUUUUAUUCAAAAUAAUGAUGAGAAGGAAUUAAUGCUAUCUAAAUGGUGUUUGUCAUUGAAUUCAUAUAUAUGGAAGCCAAAUUUAGACUGUUUAGAUUCAAUGAUCAUGCUACUUUUGAACUGUGAUAAUUUUGUCAAUCGUCAAUCAAUUAAAGAAUUGGCAUCAAAUUUUCUGGUCUACCUACUUUCUAAUGUUCAGUGGUGGUUCGAUCAGAAUAGCUCAAGUAGUAAUCAAUCAAUUAAUGUACCAGCACAACGUCCCUGGCUCAUUAGCCAAUCGAAUACAUUACAUUUGGAAAAUUCUAUGAUUAAAAUGGACGAAGCAUAUGUUAAUUCAUUAACAUUUUUAAUUGUAUUAAUUGCUCCUAACUUACAGACAAAUGAUAUUAACAAAGAUAUAAAAACUCAACUGAAAAUUAUCAUGGAAAAUAUUCAAAGUUCAUUAGAUUUAUCCAUAGUUAGUGAGUCGUGUUAUGUAUUUAUUCUAUCGUAUUUAACUGAACAACGUAUACCAGCUUACUAUGUACUUAUGCCGCCGACAACUAUGGAAGGACGUUUAUUUGGUUUGUUAGCGGCAGCUGGAGGUAUGAUUUCCAAAUCUUCAGAUCUAUUCACUUUCACACAAAAUUCUUCAUUUACAAUCAAAUCAUCAACAACUGGACUUUAUCCAAAUAUUCAUAAUUUGUCAUCAAAUGAUUAUAAAUCAUCCAAUGUGAAUAUUUCAUUACAUUCGAAACGUUCAGCUUAUUUACGUAAAAUCACCAGUCUUUUAGGAUAUUCUAUAUUAUGUGAUAAACCUUUACCAUCGAAUGAAUUAGACGAUUUACUUAUGUUAGAUAAUUUUUUGAGUUCAUUCAUCAAAACUCAUAUGCUAUCAUCAUCAUCAUCAUCAUUACCUUUAUCAUCAACAUCAAGAACUGAUUCAUCAAUAUUCUCAGUUGUUUGGAAUAGAAUGUCAUCAAUAAUGCUUAAUUUAACUAAUAAUUUAAAUCUUAGUACCAGUUCAUCGGUAACAACAAUUUUAUCAUCACCAACUUCUACAGAUAAUGAUUCACUAACAAAAUCCCAACUACAUUCUUCACAAACUGUUAAAAUCUUAACCUGGUUACGUAUAUGUAAUUUGUUAUCUGAAUUAGAAUCUGUAUCAGGUCAAAUUGGAUGGCAAAAAUCCACUUCACAAGAAUUUAAACAAAUUGUCGAAUUAUGUAAUGAAAUUAUUUUAUUAAUAAAUCGUUCAUGUUCACGUGUAGAAUUUUUAUCUAAAUUGGACAAUUCCAAACUUCAUCAUCCUCAUCAUCAUUAUCCUUUAAACCAUAAUAAUAAACAAGAUCAUAAUCUUAUCUAUAAAAUACCAGAUUAUUUUAUUCAUGCAAUUAUUUAUUGGUUAUUAAAUAAUUUAACUAUUAAUACACAAAUCAAUAAUAAUAAUAAUAAUAAUAAUAAUAAUAAUAAUAAUAACAAUAAUAUGAUUCUAUCAAUGAAUAGUAAUACAAAUAUUAUUACUACUAUUAUGCCACAUUCAAUAAAUGCAUGUUUAUCAAAACCAUUAAUUUAUAGUUUAUUAUCAAUGAAUUCAUUAUUAGAUCAAGAAACAUCUAGUCGAUUUGUACAAUUAUUAAAUGCAACAAUUUGGUCUGUUAUUGAUAAUGCUCCUAAUGAAAUUUCGCCAAAAGAUCGUUUCUUUGGUAUAUGUGAAAUUUAUUCACAUAUUUAUUUCUUACAAAAUAAAUUAGAUUUCCUACAUUCUGAUUUAUUUAUAUCUAUGUGUAUACAGAAUAGUUUACAUUUACCAUUACUAUUUAUCAUAUUAUGUCGAUUAAAUUACUUAUAUCGGUCGAUGAAUAAUAGUACAUUGUCAAUCAUUCAUGAAGAACAUAAUAUGAUUAUUGCUGAUAGUAUGCAUUGGCUACAUUCUAUAGGAAUUUACUAUAUGAAUGGAAUUGAUGAUCGAUCAUUUCAACUUAACGGAUGGAUAUUAUUCUUAAAUUUUAUUAUUCAAUUAAUAUCUACAUCAAAAAUAAAUUUCUUCAAUAAUGAAUCAUGUUGUUUCAACCAUCCAGCAUGGUGUUCACAACGUUCUAAUCAUCAUGAUAUUCCUAAUAAUGAUGAUAUUUGUUCAUCUGAUUUUCUUUGUAAACGUUUAUCUGGAAUUUUAAAUGAACUCAGAAAUGCAAUAAUGGUAAGAUUGAAAAAGAAGAAAAUAAAUUUAGCUGAGGAAAAAAUUGUACAACUUAAAAAGCUAUGCACUUUUAUAGAAUGCCUAUGUUGUAUUCUUGAAGCAUGGAUGAUUAGUACUCAUUCAGUUGGAUUGUUGAAUUUAGAGAGAUUAAGUUGUUUAGCACCAUCAAAUGAAUCUUCUGACGGUGCCAGAACUGAGGACAUUACAAAUAUGGAAGAGGGUAGUUCAAAAGAAUUGAAACAAUAUACCUUUGUUACUCAAGAUAAAUCAGUUGAUAAUACAAAUCCAACAGCUUCUAUAAUUUCUUCUCUUCUUAUACGAUUGAAAUCUAUUACAUUAAUUGAAGCUUAUCAAUAUUUGUGCCUUCAAUUUUGGACUGAUCUUAAACCAUAUGUUAAACAAAUUUUACAAAAUUCUUCAUUUACAUCACAAUUAUCGUCGUUACGAAUAUAA